AUGUCGCAAAUCAAUGGUGGCAGAAUCGUGCCUAUACUUACGGGCCAUGAUCCGCUUCAUCCCAACUCAUUAGACCAGCCUACGAUCCCAGCUUCGAUCGCUCCGAUCCCGAAUCCUCAAGAGAGCUCGCCUUCUCCUCCGAUCCAUUCAAUGUCUCCAGCAAUGCACGACCCUUUACCAGACAAGAACCAUAGACCCACAAGCAAUGGCCACCCAAGCUUGGAGAUGCCGGCUCUAAAAGAGCGAGGGCUAUUUGCCCUACCGACCGAAGGUGAUGACAAGAUUCGUCAACGACUUGCCGACCAUAUGGCCGCAAAUAGAGACUAUUUCGUGCAGUUUGUCUCGGAUGGCGGCGAGCGACGACGACCAAAACGCGCAGCAGCGUCCGCAUAUGCGACGCGUUCCGCCGACGUAUCCGCCCCGUCUGAUCAGGAUAAGGAGUCGAGAUUCCAAGAAAUGAUCGCUACAACUCGCAAGAAUGCGGAGUGGGGUAGCUCAGAGCAUAUUCAGGCUUUCUGCCAAGCCUACAAGCUGGACGUUACCGUGUACACCAUGGAUGGGGUGCAACCAUUUCAAGACGUGAACACACCUUCUGGCGAGUCCCGCAAUGUGAUACACAUUGCAUUCCACGAAUUCAAACAUUAUUCUUCUGUUCGGCGCAUUGGGGAGACUCACAAGGGCCUCUUUUCUGAUGUCGAGUCUGCAAAGGCCACCCUACCUGCGCCCGAAUCCGAGGUCAAGGAGGAGUCAAAGCUUGAAACCGCUGCCGAAAGCUUUAGUUCUGGAGACAAGCCCAUUGUCGCUCACUCACCCGGCGAUUCCAACCUCGCCGUGGAUGUUUAUGCACCAUGGGACAUCAAGUCAAUCCAAGAGGGACUUGGCGGCCGAUACGACCGGGAGACCAUCAUUGACAUGCUGCAAAAGUGUCGGGGGGAUAUUGAUCGAGCGUUUGCUGCGCUUCUCGAUGAAAAGUCAGACGACUCGCUGGAGAAGAAAAAUCCUCCUGCCAUCCCAGUCAAGCCAAGUCUUCAAGCGUCCCGCGACACUUCGCCGUUCAGCACUGGCAGUAAACGGUCAGCAGACGACAGCGACGACUCAGAAGCUCCACAGCCUGCACGACGUGUCCGCCCCAAGCGACGGUUCCUUUCAAAUCUUACCUUGGGCGUGGGCAUCUCAUUCCGCGACCAAGAUGAAGUCGUUUCUCUCAAUCUUCGAAUGCCAUCAGAAAACGAAAAGGGUCAGGCCACAGACCCUUCUUCCACCUGUGGCACCACGCCGGAACAAUCGGACGUGGAAGAAAAGAAGUGUCGACGCAGCAAUCGGUUAACCCGAUCUCGCCAGACUCAUUGA